GACAAGAUCGCGAUUGCAGACCCAAGCCGCUUUGCAAAGUAUUCGGCAGUGGAAAACGUCGAUGAGCCGAGCCCUCGCCUCCACGCGAACACCCUGAAGGCUGUUUACGUCACGAAGGAGCCCGUCCUGCCCGACGACAAGGAGCGGUUUCCGGAGAGGCCACCGGACACCACGCCAAGUGCAAGAACGAAGCAUUCAAGCUGGGCGCGAAGCACGAUGCGCUACUCCGUGGGCUCCGAGUUUACUGCCUCGUCCUUAUCGGGUGGCACCUUGGGCUCUGAGAAACACCUGAACUCCGCGAUGGCUUCGCCUCGUCAUGCUCAACCAGCCGUCGACCUAGCCGUGUGUUCCACAGAUACAGAUGUUGGCAACAGCCGUGGCCAUGCGAAGAGGAGGCCGCACAAGGCCCUUUCGCAGCACGGCCGCCACACGGAGUCACACGAUGGGACCGAAGUCAGCCCCUGCAGCCGCCAUCACGACGGAGCCGAGUCCAGUCCAUACGUCUAUCAUCGCAAGGCAUCUCGCCACCUGCAUCAGUUUGUGCGGCUGACGGAUACUAUGGGUAUAGUACCUUCUGCAGCCCUGGGCAUCGUUAUCAACAACCACGGCAAUGUCUCGGACUUCUACAAGUUGGAUGCGAAACCUUUGGGCGAAGGGAGCUUUGGAGCCGUCUUCUAUGCGACGCUUCGGGUGACGAAGGCAUCCAGAGCCAUCAAGAAGAUUCCGAAGGAGAAAAUGCGGGAAAAGCUGGUCACGUUGAAAACGGAGGUCCAGCUGCUGAAGCUCGUGGACCAUCCGCACAUUGUGAUGCUGCAUGAAAUUUUUGAAGACAACGAUGACGUCCAUCUCGUCAUGUCACUGUGCCGGGGGGGCCAUUUGCAGGCUUACGUGAUGCGCUACGGCCGGCUGAAGGAGCAGCCGGCUGUCGCUGCCAUGAGGCAACUUUUCCGUGCAGUAUCCUAUCUGCACCGGCGUUUCAUCUGCCACAGGGACCUGAAAAGCGAGAAUCUCAUGCUCCUGCAUGAUGAGCCGUUUACAGGCAGCAGCAGAAACACGCUGAAAGUGACGGACUUCGGGCUGGCCACACUCUUUCAGCCGGGCGUUCCACUGACCUCCACAGCGGGCACACCCAGCCAUAUGGCCCCAGAGGUCUACGCCAAGAAGUAUAACCUGGCCUGUGAUUUGUGGAGCUGUGGGGUCAUUCUUUUCUUCGUCGUCUCACGGCUGAUGCCCUUCGACGCGAACGAGAAAGGCUCCAAGCGGUUCAAGUUUAACUUGAACGUCCAUCCAUGGGACCUCAUUCAUCAGGACUGCAUCAACUUGGUGACAGUUCUCCUGGACAAAUCUGUUCAUAAGCGGGCUACUGCUGCAGCCGCGCUGCAGCACCCAUGGAUCGUGAACAACACUCCAAGGGUGGAGGAUGUGGUCAUCCAGCCCAACGUUCUCGCGCGGCUAAAGCGCUAUCGCAAGCACAACCGUUUCAAACGAGCUU